AGGAAGUAUCGAGACCCCCCCUCUCUCUCUCUCUCUCUCUCUCUAGCCGUCCCAAAAUCGUCCUCGCAGUCUGACGAUCUCCCCAAUGCUCUCUCCCUCUCCCGUCCCUUAGUUCCACUCUCUCUCUCUCUCUCUCUCUCUCUAGCAGCUCAUCUUCCACCUGGCCUUGCCCGGCGGCGACGCUCGCCUCCGACCUCCCGCCGCCGCCGCCGCCGCCGCCGCCGCCGCUGCCCCGACCCGGCCGAUCGCGUGAGGCAGUCGGGAGAAUGGCUUCCCUGACCCGGCCGUCGGCGCCGCUCCCCGGGGCCGCGGCCUCCGAUCUCUUCGGGAGCUCCGGCGGCGUCCGCGAGCUUUCGCUGAGGGCCCUGGGGAGGGCGCGGCUGGGCGCCGCGGGGACGAGGAGGGGCGCGGGAGCCGGCGCGGUGGUCGCGAAGCUCCGGAAGGUGAAGAAGCACGAGUACCCGUGGCCCGACGAUGCGGAUCCGAACGUGAAGGGCGGGGUCCUCAGCCACCUCUCGCACUUCAAGCCGCUCAAGGAGAAGCCGAAGCCCGUCACUCUGGAGUUCGAGAAGCCGCUCAUGGAGCUGGAGAAGAAAAUCAUCGACGUGAGGAAAAUGGCGAACGAAACUGGCUUGGACUUCAGCGAUCAGAUUGUCUUAUUAGAGAACAAAUAUCGACAGGCUUUGAAGGAUUUGUAUACUCAUCUGACUCCUAUCCAACGUGUGAAUAUUGCCCGACAUCCCAAUCGGCCAACCUUUCUUGACCAUGUGUUUAGCAUUACCGACAAGUUUGUGGAGCUUCAUGGAGACAGAGCUGGAUAUGAUGAUCCUGCCAUUGUUACUGGUAUAGGAACCAUUGAUGGAGAAAGGUACAUGUUCAUGGGCCACCAGAAGGGGAGAAACACAAAAGAAAACAUUCAGCGCAAUUUUGGAAUGCCAACUCCUCACGGUUACAGGAAGGCUCUACGGAUGAUGUAUUAUGCUGAUCACCAUGGAUUCCCCAUCAUUACUUUCAUUGAUACACCUGGGGCCUAUGCAGACCUUAAAUCUGAGGAACUUGGCCAAGGUGAAGCCAUUGCUCACAAUCUGAGGACUAUGUUUGGUCUAAAAGUACCUAUUGUUUCUAUUGUUAUUGGAGAAGGUGGCUCUGGUGGUGCUCUUGCCAUUGGCUGUGCGAAUAAAUUGUUAAUGCUUGAAAAUGCAGUUUUCUAUGUUGCCAGUCCUGAAGCUUGUGCUGCAAUCUUGUGGAAGAGUGCUAAAGCUUCUCCAAAGGCUGCUGAGAAGCUGAAGAUUACAGCUCCGGAGUUAUGCAAGUUACAAGUUGCUGAUGGGAUCAUUCCAGAGCCACUUGGAGGUGCCCAUGCAGAUCCGUCUUGGACCUCGCAACAGAUUAAAAAUGCAGUGGUUGAAGCUAUGAAUGAGCUCAAGAAGAUGGACACACAAGAGCUUCUGAAGCAUCGCAUGCUUAAGUUCCGAAAAAUUGGUGGAUUUCAAGAAGGCAUCCCUGUGGAUCCCAAGAGGAAGGUCAACAUGAAGAUGAAAGAAGAACCUCCACUAGGAACCAUUUCUGAAGCAGAACUGGAGAGUGCAGUGGAAAAGCUGAAACAGAAGAUUGUAAAAGCGAAGGAAUCAUCGGGUGAAGCUUCCGACAGCGGCCUGGAUGAAUUAAUAGAAAAACUCAAAAAGGAAGUGGAUCAUGAGUACUCCGAGGCAGUUAAGGCCUUAGGCUUGGAUGAAAGAAUGUCAACAUUGCAAGAAGAAUUUGUGAAAUCUAAGCAACAGGAGCAACCCUUGCAUCCUAUUUUAAUGGAUAAGAUUGAUAAGCUGAAGAAGGAGUUCAAUGAAGGCUUGCCAGGAGCUCCCAAUUAUGAGAGCCUCAAGAGUAAGCUUGACAUGUUGAAUGAGUUGUCUAAAGUGAAAAAUUCUGAAAAGGUUGCUUCACAGAAGGAAGAAAUCAAUAGGAAACUGAAAGAGGUAUUAGAGCGUCCUGAUUGGAAGGAGAAGGUUGAAGCUUUGAAUGCAGAAAUUGAAGACUCUGGGGCAACGUCUCCCGAGGAUGUUGACCAAGGCCUGAUGGAGAAAAUUGUCAAUUUAAAGAAAGAGAUAGAAAUGGAAAUGGCUAACAUCCUCGAAUCUUUUGGACUGCAUGUUGAGGCCGUUAAACCUACCAGCAGUGAUAUUAGUCCACAAACUUCAGUCCCAGAAUUUAGUGCUCAGUUGGGUAAUCUAAAUAAAGAAAUAAACAACAAAAUUGAAGAAGUUGUCCAAUCAACUGACCUGAAAAAUAUGAUGGAGAUGCUGAAGAUGGAGAUCGUGAAUGCAGGAAAGGCACCUGAUCCGUCGUCGAAAAGCAAGAUCGAUGCUCUACAGCAGCAAAUUAAGCAGAGGCUUUUUGAGGCAAUAAAUUCUACAGAACUAAGAAAGAAACAUGAAGAGCUGACAGCGGAGAUUUCUGAGUUUGUGGAAUCUUCUGGAGGAUCUAAUGGAAGUUUGAAAAAUUCCAGCGGUGAAGAAAGUCUCAAGCAUGAGGAAUCACGAAUAGAGGCCAAUGUGGGAGGAAAUGGCAACUAGUUUAGGCAUCGUUUCCUUCCUCUGGAUGCAACGGGGAAAGCAAGAAAGGAACGGACAUUGGUUUUCACCUGGGCAGUGACGCAGCACACUUGCAGGUUGAGUGCGUUCAAAUCUUGAACUCCCUUAUUAAGCAUUUGAUGCAUCUCAGUCCUGCCACUGCACUUUUUUGCACACGGUGCCAGGGACAAAUUGGGCUUUGUCAUUUAAUCCGCCCGACUACUUCCCAUUAUUUUAUGUCGAGAGCAUUUCUAGGUUUAUUGGUAAGAGUCUGUUCACCUUCCAUCUGCAGUCAAGCAAUCGAGAACUUUAUUUUCCUUUCCAUAAGAUGACAGAUAGAGAACAUUUGUAUAUGUCGUGCGAGUGGUGGUGAUACUUAAAAACACUGCGCUCAAUUCAAUAAGAUUUUUGUAAGUUGCCUUGUAUAAAGAGAGUUGCGUCUUUCGUUCUC